UUUUGAUGGUAUAAAACUUGGUAAGGGAUUUGAAAGUUUAGAGAGGCAGUGGGAAGUCUAUUGAUGAGGUAAACAGAGGCUAAAAAGGCAUGAUCCCAGUAUGUUAGAGGAAGAGAGGCUUGUGUAAGUAGGGUGAGACCAAGAUGAGAGGUUACCUGCUAUAGCAGGUUAACCUGAAUCUGAACUGACACAUGUCAGUGCAGAUGCCAGCUGUAAACAGCUGGCUGUUACAAGGUUAACACUAGAUACAAGCUACUCAAGGCUAACCUAUCUUAUACACUUAUAAUUUGAAGUGGCAUUGACCAAAAUCAGUCAUUUGUCAAAGUCAAGCUACAAGGACCAAAAAUGUGAUGUCGGUAGUGUUUACUUUGGGCCAAACCAUCCCAUGAAGCCUCACCGUCUUUGCAUGACUCACCAUCUUGUUCUCUCGUAUGAUCUUCAUAAGAAGAUGGAAGUUUAUCGCCCACACAAAGCUUAUCCUGUUGAGCUUGCCCAGUUUCACUCUGCUGAUUAUGUCGAGUUUUUGCACAGGAUUACGCCUGACACUCAGCACUUGUUCUCCGAUGAACUGGCCAAAUAUAAUCUCGGAGAAGACUGUCCUGUGUUUGACAACUUAUUUGAAUUUUGUCAGAUGUACGCUGGUGGAACUAUAGAUGCUGCACGCCGAUUGAACAAUAAACUGUGUGAUAUUGCUAUAAACUGGGCUGGUGGAUUACAUCAUGCCAAGAAAUGUGAAGCCUCUGGAUUUUGUUACAUCAAUGACUUGGUUUUAGGGAUCUUAGAGCUUCUUAAACAUCAUCCCCGUGUUUUGUAUAUUGAUAUAGAUGUGCACCAUGGAGAUGGUGUAGAAGAAGCUUUCUACUUCACUGACAGGGUUAUGACAGUCAGUUUUCACAAGUAUGGAGAUUUGUUCUUUCCAGGAACAGGGGAUGCUAAGGAAAUAGGAGAAAGAGAAGGGAAAUUUUAUGCCAUAAAUGUCCCACUCAAGGAUGGAAUUGAUGACUCUAGCUUCACUAGACUUUUCAAGACUAUUAUUUCCAAAGUAGUUGAAACAUAUCAACCUGGUGCCAUAGUUCUACAGUGUGGAGCAGAUUCACUUGCUGGAGAUCGCUUGGGCUGCUUCAAUCUCUCUAUUGAUGGACAUGCUGAAUGUGUUAGAUUCGUAAAGAAAUUUAAUGUGCCCUUACUGGUCACUGGAGGUGGGGGAUACACAAAAGAAAAUGUUGCUCGAUGUUGGACAGUUGAAACUGGAGUUCUUCUAGAUACGGAGCUUCCAAAUGAGAUCCCGGAGAAUGAUUAUAUCAAAUAUUUUGGACCAGACUUCUCAUUGAAGAUUCCAAAUGGGUUUAUAGAAAAUUUAAAUAGCAAAUCAUAUCUUAGCACUAUAAAAAUGCAAGUCAUGGAAAAUCUGCGCUGCAUCCAACACGCUCCGAGUGUGCAAAUGCAAGAGGUCCCACCUGACUUCUACAUUCCUGAUAUCGAUGAAGAUUUGCAGAACCCUGAUGAGCGCAAUGAUCAGCACACUCAAGACAAGCACAUCCAGCGUGACGAUGAAUAUUAUGAUGGUGACAAUGACAAUGAUCAUCAAAUGGAUCUUCCAUGACGUUAGCUCCUGCUAUGUGCAUCCUUUUGUUUGGUGCGAGACUGUUUUUAGAGACAAGUAAAAUGUGACUAGAUAGAAAUACCUGGAGUUGUAUUAAGAAAGUAUUAGGGCUAACCCA